UUCUUGAGGGGUUAAAAUGCAAAUUCGGUAAAGUUUCUAUUUAGCCCCUAAGAUUUUUUAAGAGUUUUAGUAUAGUAUAGUGUAGUGAGAUCUAAAACUAACGUAGAGAUGAUUUAAAAUAGUGUGACACGUUCCAGUUCAAAAUUUGAAUUUGGGUUACAUUUACUCGUAUCAAGUCUCAAUUUUUGUCUACCACUUUAAUGGGUUUCUAUUAUAUUGUAUGUGAUUGAAUAAACGAACGAGAUUUCUCCCUCUCCAACUUGACUAGAAUCAAGGAGGGUCAGCCUAUGAUCAUAACCCGAUAGCUAUUCCGAUGUCUUCUAACUCUCUAGUAGCUUUCCUAGCUACCAGAGAUCUGGUUGUCUCGGCUUUGAAAGAUGAGCGUUAGUCAAACAAGUGAAUUUUUAAAUAGCCAACAAAUAAAAAAAAGGGUUAAAUAUUGAUUAGUCAAGAGAGAGAAAGGGGUUUUGGAGUGAGAAACAAUGAUGAUGAUGAUGGUGAAGUUGUUGAUGUUUCUUAGCUUUGGUGGACUGUCAAUGUGUGAGGUGUUUCUUGUUGGAGACGAAGAAGGCUGGAACUCUGGCAUCAAUUUUGCUACCUGGUCUCAAAACCACAAUUUCACCAAAGGAGAUUUUCUAGUUUUCAAUUAUGCAAAGAGUGUACACAAUGUAUAUGAAGUUAGUGAGGAAACAUUCAGAUCAUGCGAGACAAGUAAUGGAGUAUUGGGUGAAUAUGAGAGUGGAAAUGAUCGAAUUGAGCUGAAAGAAGCAAGGAAGUAUUGGUUCAUAUGUAAUGUAGCUGGUCAUUGCUUGGGCGGAAUGAGGUUUGGAAUUGAUGUCAAUGAAGCCAAUCCUAGGAGCCAUCUCCCACUUAGCCCUGUUCAAUCUCCUCCCCCACCCACCAACCAUGCCUCUCACCAUGGAAGCUAUGCACUAUGGAGCUCUUUUAUGGGUAUGGUAGCAUUUCAAACUCUGUUCGUCGAACAGUAUCGGUAGUGCAGUUUUGAGAUUUGAGUUCUUACCUUGCAACAGAAGAAUGUUACUGAUGUCUUAACUCUUUCGAGGGUUGUUCAAAUUUGUUACUUUUGACCGUCGUUGAAUGAAUACGAGAUUUGAGUUCUUGA